AUGCCACGACAGAAAUUAGCAGGCUCGGCCUUGACGCCCCCACGGCUCGAUUCACCACCGAUCCAGCCUCCUGAUCGUCUUUUGAAAUUUGAGGAGACUCCCAGCUGGUUCGAGGGGAACCAGUUCAUUCUAACGGGCUAUCGCCAUGAGUCUCGGUCGGCUGUUCGCUGUGUGCACAGCUGGACUUAUCUCCAUAACGAGACCUGCAACAUCUACUCCCACUUGUUGCCAGCGGGCUUAUACGCUGCUCUGCACUGGUAUCUCCUCACCUUCUACCUUCCAUCCAGAUAUAAUCCGCUGAGUAAAGGUGACGAGCUCAUCCUCUCCCUUUUCCUUUCAACUGUCGUCUUAUGUCUGGGAGCUUCGGCACUAUACCAUACCUUCUUGAACCACUCCGCGCCAGUAGCUAGACGGUGGCUACUGUGUGACUAUAUGGGAAUCAUCACUCUCAUUCAGGGCUGCUUUAUCAGUGGAAUUUAUUUCGGGUUUUACUGCGAACCGUACCUUCAGCGGUUAUACUGGACCAUGAUCGUUGUCCUUGGCUCGUUGACGGCAACUAUACUGUUGUCAUCCCAGUUUCAAGACCCCAAAUGGCGAGGGUUUCGCGUUGCGGUCUUUGUUUGCACUGGCCUCUCUGCCUUUGCGCCCAUUACGCAUGCUCUACUUCUCUACGGGCCACAGCGUAGUAUGAAUGUUGGCUUACCAUAUUACCUUGCCGAAGGAGCUAUUAUUGUUCUAGCAGCUUUCAUUUACGAGAGACAAAUUCCUGAACGGUGGUUUCCCGGAAAAUUUGAUAUCUGGGGACAUUCUCACACCAUCUUCCACGCUAUGGUUGCCGUGGGGAUGUGUGUACAUUUUGUUGGCCUUCUCGAGGCACUUGAAUAUACUUACUACAAUAGCCAAUGUGCUGCUACAUAG